UAUAGAAAACAAAUUAUAAGAAACUUGAGAAGAAAGAGAGAGCCCUAAACCAGACAGACCCGUCAGUUUCUGCGAAAUUCUGAUUUGUUUAGAGAGAGAAACAGAGAGUGUGUGAUCACUCUCAUCCGAUUUUCCUCCUCAACUGAAGCUUCUCUCAGUGUAGAUUUUUUAAAAGAUGGCUGGGCAAAAUCAGCGAUUGAAUGUAGUUCCAACUGUUACUAUGCUGGGAGUUAUGAAAGCACGUCUUGUUGGUGCAACAAGAGGCCAUGCUCUUCUCAAGAAAAAGAGUGAUGCUUUAACUGUGCAGUUUCGUACGAUUCUGAAAAAGAUAGUGUCAACGAAAGAAGCUAUGGGAGAUGUGAUGAAAACUUCAUCGUUUGCGCUAACUGAGGCCAAAUACGUUGCCGGUGAGAACAUCAAGCACAUUGUCCUGGAGAAUGUUCAAACUGCAUCUCUUAAAGUUCGAUCAAGGCAAGAGAACAUUGCUGGUGUUAAGCUUCCGAAGUUUGAUUAUUUUACUGAGGGUGAGACCAAGAAUGACCUCACCGGAUUGGCCCGUGGUGGACAACAGAUCCAACUGUGCCGUGCUGCUUAUGUGAAAGCAAUUGAGGUUCUUGUUGAGCUUGCCUCACUUCAAACAUCAUUUUUAACUCUCGAUGAAGCAAUCAAGACAACAAAUCGCCGUGUUAAUGCUUUGGAGAAUGUUGUGAAACCGAGAAUAGAGAAUACCAUAACUUAUAUCAAGGGAGAGUUGGAUGAGCUGGAAAGGGAAGAUUUCUUCAGGUUAAAGAAGAUUCAGGGCUAUAAGAAAAGGGAACUUGAGAGACAGAUGGCAGCUGCCAAGAACUUUUCUGAGGAGCAGGCUGCAGAGCAGAUUUCUCUUAAGAGAGGAAUUUCACUUCAUGCAGCUCACAACAUGUUGUCUGGUGCCGCAGAGAAGGAUGAAGAUGUAAUUUUCUGAUAUGGGUACAAGUUUAUAUUGUUAUGUUCUUUCUUAGAGUGUGUGGCUCUUUCUCUGCUUCCGGUACAGAGGUGGAAAGUUUCGACUAUGGACAAUCUUCGGUUCUGAAUAAAAAGCUCCCUGUAUGCUUCUAUUUAUUGUGUAUUAUUUAUGGCCAACUUUCAUAAUCAUUUCAGGGUUUUGAAUUAUGCAAGGUUUUAUUUUUUUA